GUCUGUGUAGCCCGAAAGAAGUUAAAAAGAAAAAUUGCAAUUCCGCAUCAAUCGUGUGAAAAAUCUCUUAAAAUAAAUCAUUUAUAAUUUCCUUCGCAUAAUAAAUUUUAAUUUUUUAUAUAUUAAAAAAACACGAACCAAAACAGUUAAUUUACCAUCAAUCAAAAAAUUCUACAAAUCAAAAUGACGUCCCUCGAGCCACAUGUAAAUCGUCUUCAGAACUUCAAAAACAAAGGAAAAGAUCAAGAUGAGAUGCGAAGACGGCGCAAUGAAGUUACUGUCGAACUACGAAAAAACAAGAGAGAAGAGACAAUUUUCAAGCGACGUAACGUACCGACUGGCGAUUCGGUCACAGACGAGGACGAUCCACUGUCAACUGCAGUUAAUUUGAAGAAAUUAGCAGAAGCGGCUGCCGAUUCAUCGAACCCCGAUAAGCAAUUGUCUGCUGUUCAGGCUGCUCGCAAGCUUCUGUCAUCCGAUAAGAAUCCGCCAAUUAAUGACUUGAUUAACAGUGAUAUUCUUCCAAUUUUGGUUGAUUGUUUAAAACGAAAUGACCACACAAUGUUACAGUUUGAGGCAGCUUGGGCAUUGACUAAUAUCGCUUCGGGUACUUCUGAACAGACAAAUCAGGUUGUACAUGCAGGUGCAGUGCCCCUAUUUUUGCAAUUGCUUUCAUCGCCAGCAACAACUGUAUGCGAACAAGCAGUGUGGGCUCUAGGAAACAUUAUUGGUGAUGGUCCAGUUUUAAGAGAUUUAGUUAUCAAACACGGCGUUGUUCAGCCUUUGCUUUCAUUUAUCAAUCCAGACAUCCCAAUUUCCUUUCUGCGCAACGUUACAUGGGUAAUUGUAAACUUGUGCCGCAACAAAGAUCCACCACCACCACCAAAAACAAUCCAAGAGAUUUUGCCCGCACUUAAUAUGCUUAUACAUCACACAGACACAAACAUUCUCGUUGACACAGUGUGGGCCAUAAGUUAUUUGACCGAUGGUGGUAACGAUCAGAUUCAAAUGGUUAUUGACAGCGGUGUGGUGCCCAAAUUGAUUCCACUUCUCGGUCAUGCUGAAGUCAAAGUGCAAACAGCAGCCUUACGUGCGGUCGGCAACAUUGUGACUGGCUCUGACGAACAAACCCAAGUUGUACUCAACUAUGAUGCCUUGUCCUAUUUCCCAGCACUGUUGUCGCAUCUCAAAGAGAAGAUACGUAAAGAGGCUGUGUGGUUCCUGUCUAAUAUAACGGCCGGAAAUCAACAACAAGUACAGGCUGUUAUCAAUGUUGGCCUGCUGCCCAAAAUCAUCGAAAAUCUAAGCAAAGGUGAAUUCCAAACGCAAAAAGAAGCCGCUUGGGCCAUUAGCAAUUUAACCAUCAGUGGCAACCGAGACCAAGUAUUUGAGUUAAUCCGCGAGGGCGUUAUUCCGCCAUUCUGUGACUUGUUAUCAUGCAAGGACGCUCAAGUUAUUAAUGUUGUUCUUGAUGGACUCAACAAUAUGCUCAAAAUGGCCGAAGACCAUGUACCCCAAAUCGCCAAUAUCAUUGAAGAAUGUGAUGGUCUGGAGAAAAUCGAAAGACUGCAAAAUCAUGAAAAUGUUGAAAUCUACAAACUUGCAUAUGAAAUUAUUGAGCAAUACUUUUCCGAAGAGCAAGAACAAAGCAAUUUGGCUCCAACGGCUGAUGAUGGCACAUUUCAAUUUAAUCCAAAUUCAGCACAGAUUCCCGACGGAGCAUACAAUUUUUAACCUUUUAACAAAAUUCAAUCAAAAUUCUCUCCAACAAAAUUGCGAGGAAAUUCAGAAAAAGAAUAAAAAAGAAACAACAACAAGAAAACACAGAGUCCAUAUAUGUUAUAUAUAUAUUUAAAAUAUUGAAUUUUAAAAUCAGAAACAGAAACCGUGAAAAUUAUAAUAAUUGUAAACUGAAGAAAAUUCUUAUUUAGGUAAACAAACAAAAUUUAUUUUUUCCAUUGGAUUAAUACCUAUUUAUAAAAUUAGGUAUAUAUAAUUUACUAACAAAAAUUACAAACAAAUAAAGGAUUACUACGAAUUA